UUUUUUCCUUCGCGAAAACAAAAAAGCGACAACAACAUAAUUAUAACUAUAAUAAUUGAUUCUUUUCGUUUCUCAAACCAAAAACAAAAACAAAACAAAAAAACAAAUAAGUGUUUUCAUUUUGAAUGAGAGAAAGAUAGAGCGUACAGAAUGGAUCUAGUACUCUGUGUGUGAAGAGCCAUAUUUAAUAUCCAAUUCCAUUUGACUUUUCAUUAUUUCGCUUCUACUCUAUCCCGGAUGCUGCUAGGUGGCGGUGGCAUGCACUGUAAUUAAACCCAGGCCAUGUAUUAAAGAACAGUGUAGUAAAGAUCUGUUGUCCGUCUUGGUUUGUUGAAUCUUCAAGGAGUACGAAACUAGAAGAUACCCUUGUGGCACUUCUUAAAACUUUCUUAGUAUGGAGGAUACUAAAAUUACUGAAGAGAAGCCUCCUCAGGAUGUGAAAAUUGCUCAUGAGAUGCCUCCUCCUGAAACUUCCUUGCCCUCUCCCAUGACAAACCCAGUUAUGACUAAUGGAAAAGUGGAACCCAACGAUCAGUCUUCAGAAACUGUACAGGAUGCAUCUGAUGGUCCAUCUCUGGGACAAGAUCAGCUUCUCCCAACAUUCACUUCAGCUUCAACCUCAACAGAUGAGGUUGAUAAAACAGAGACAUGCCAACCAGAUAUAACACUGGAAAAUUCUAAAACUGGAGAGAUAAUAGAUUCCAAUGAUGAACAGAAAACUCAAGAUGGUUCCUCUAUUGACAGUGCUCAUGUUCAUGCGGACGAAGUUACACCACCUGCUUCCUCUCCUGAGGUAAAAGCAUCAAAAAAUGAAGACCUUGUAGUGUCGUCCGAUGAGCAUUCAUCCCUGGCGGUAAAUGAAUCCCAAAAUGAGGACCACAUAGUGCUGUCUGAAGAGAAUUCAUACCCUGAGGUUGAUGUAAACAGAGGACUUAUUGAUACUACAGCACCUUUUGAAUCUGUCAAAGAAGCUGUUUCCAAAUUUGGAGGAAUUGUUGAUUGGAAAGCCCAUAGAAUCCAAACUGUGGAGAGACGCAAGCUUGUAGAAGAAGAACUUGAGAGAGUACAGGAGGAGAUUCCCGAGUAUAAGAGACAGUCAGAGAUGGCUGAAGGCGAAAAAAUGCAAGUGCUAAAGGAGCUGGACAGCACUAAGAGACUUAUGGAAGAACUAAAGCUCAACCUCGAAAGGGCACAAACAGAAGAGCAACAGGCAAAACAAGAUUCAGAACUUGCAAAGCUCAGGGUGGAAGAGAUGGAGCAAGGAAUUGCUGAUGAGGCUAGUGUUGCAGCCAAGGCACAGCUUGAGGUGGCUAAGGCCAGGUAUACAGCUGCAGUUUCAGACCUAAAAUAUGUUAAAGAGGAAUUAGAAGCACUGUGUAAGGAAUAUGCUUCUUUGGUGACUGAGAAAGAUGUGGCUGCGAAGAAAGCUGAAGAAGCUAUUGCAGCAUCGAAGGAAGUUGAGAGGACAGUGGAAGGACUGACUAUUGAGCUGAUUGCCACAAAGGAAUCAUUGGAGUCUGCACAUGCUGCCCAUCUAGAAACAGAAGAACAAAGAAUAGGAGCUGCAAUGGCCAGAGAACAAGAUUCUCUUUAUUGGGAGAAGGAAUUGAAGCAAGCAGAAGAGGAGCUUCAGAGACUUAACCAACAAAUUCUAUCAGCAAAGGAUCUCAAAUCAAAACUUGACAAUGCCUCGGCCUUGCUACUUGAUUUGAAAGCUGAAUUGGCAGCUUAUAUGGAAUCAAAAUUGAAGGAGGAAACUGGUGAAGGACUCUCAAAUGGUGAGCUAGAGGAUCAAACAAAGAAAACUCAUGGUGAUAUACAAGCAGCAGUUGCUUCUGCAAAGAAGGAACUUGAAGAAGUGAAGCUUAACAUAGAGAAAGCAAUUGCUGAAGUAAAUUACUUGAAGGUGGCAGCCAUGUCCUUAAAGUCGGAGCUUGAAACAGAGAAAUCGGCUCUUGCCACCUUAAGGCAAAGAGAAGGAAUGGCAUCAGUAGCAGUUGCAUCUCUCGAAGCUGAGAUAGACAGGAUAAGGUCAGAAAUAGCUCUAGUUCAGAUGAAAGAGAGAGAGGCUAGAGAAAAGAUGGUGGAGCUGCCCAAGCGAUUACAGCAAGCAGCACAAGAGGCUGAUCAGGCAAAGACACUUGCUCAAGUGGCUCGUGAAGAGCUGCGCAAGGCAAAGGAAGAAGCUGAGCAAGCAAAGGCUGGAGCAAGUACCAUGGAGAGUAGAUUACUCGCAGCUCAAAAGGAGAUAGAAGCUGCCAGGGCUUCAGAGAAGUUGGCGCUAGCAGCAAUAAAAGCAUUGCAAGAGAGCGAAUCAACUAGAAGCGUCGACGAUGUGGAUUCACCUACCGGAGUAACACUUUCUCUAGAGGAGUACUAUGAGCUCAGUAAACUCGCCCAUGAGGCAGAGGAGCAGGCUAACAUUAGGGUGGCAACUGCAAUUUCCCAAAUUGAGGUAGCCAAGGAGUCUGAGUUAAGAAGCUUAGCAAAGUUGGAAGAAGUGAAUAAGGAGAUGGGUAAUAGAAAGGAAGAGCUAAAAUUUGCAUUGGAGAAGGCUGAGAAGGCCAAGGAAGGGAAGUUGGGUGUAGAACAGGAGUUAAGAAAAUGGAGGGCUGAACAUGAACAACAACGACGGAAGGCAAAUGCAUCGGGUCCACUAGUAGUAAAUCCCACUAAAAGCCCGAGGAUAAGUUUUGAGGGGAGAAAUGAAACAUUGAACUAUGACCGGGCACCUGAUGCUGCCAUUCCUACUCAUUAUGUGUCUAACCCACCGAUGCAAGGGAUUGACAUUGAUACCGAGUCAUCCACAGAUUCAAGGCUUGGAAAGAAAAAGAAGAAAGCCUUCUUCCCACGGGUUCUUAUGUUUUUGGCUAGAAAAAGGUCAAAUUCAAUAAAGUCAACGUAAAUUGUCACUGAAACGGGUAUAUAUUGUCUUUGCUGUUAUAGCUUUACCUCUCUAUUUUGGGUGGUUCAACAUUACUCGAAUGUACAUGUUGGUAUUAUUAUGUGUAUAAGCCGAUUGGAUUAUAUUUUGCUCAACGAAAGGAUUGUGUGGAUGGUGGAUUUGGAGGAUGUAAUAAGUUUGUUGUUGGUGCUUGGUUGGGGGAAGACAUAAUAAGGUGGUUAUGUAAUUUAUAGGCUUGUAACAUCCAUUAUCAACUCUUGUAAAAGUUUGUGAGAAUUGAGAUUGAGCUAGUUAAAGAGUUUGAGUUUUUUAGCUACAUUUCCUCCCUUGAGAAUUGAAAAUUUGAUUUUCUCA